GAAGGGGCACAGCCGCCACCCAGAGCAGGCCAGCCAGCUGAGCAGCGCUGGUGCACUGGGCAGCAGGCGGGGGAAGAAAUGGGCCUGGCGAUGGAGCACGGGGGCUCCUACUCAAGGGCGGGGAGCAGCCCACGUGGCUGCUGGUAUUACCUGCGCUACUUCUUCCUCUUCGUGUCACUCAUCCAGUUCCUCAUCAUCCUAGGCCUUGUCCUCUUCAUGGUCUAUGGCAAUGUGCAUGUGAGCACCGAGUCCAACCUGCAGGCCACCGAGCGCCGGGCCGAGGGCCUAUACAGCCAGGUCGUGGGGCUCACGGCCAGCCAGGCCAACCUGUCCAAGGAGCUCAACCUCACUGCCCGUGCCAAGGACACCAUCAUGCAGAUGCUGCUGAACGCCCGCCGUGACCUGGACCGGAUCAAUGCCAGCUUCCGCCAGUGCCAGGCCGAUCGGGUGGUCUAUGUGAACAACCAGAGGUACAUGGCUGCCAUCAUCCUGAGUGAGAAACAGUGCCAAGAACAACUCAAGGAGACUAACAAGAGCUGCAAUGCCUUGAUCCUCCUGCCGAACCAGAAGGCCAAGAUGCUAGAGGCGGAGCUGGCUAAGGAGAAGGCAGUGUGCGCCAAAGACAAGGAGGGUCUGGGGCUGAGCAAGCGGGUGGUAGAGGAGCAGAUGGCCGAGUGCGGCAAGGCCCGGGAGCAGCAGCAGCAGGAGCGGCAGCUGGCCGAGGAGCGCCUGCAGAAGGUGCAGACCCUCUGCCUCCCACUGGACAAGGCCAAGUUCGAGACAGAACUGCGCAACCUCUGGAGGGACUCCAUUAUCUCACGCUCUCUUGAUUCUCUGAGCUACAGCCCAUACCAUCCCUUCGGCUCAGAGGUGGCCUCCAUCCGGAGAAGCUGCGACCACCUGCCUACCCUCAUGAACACCAAGGUGGAGGAGCUGGCCCAGAGCCUGCGGGCUGGCAUUGAGCGUGUGGCCCGUGAGAACUCGGACCUCCAGCGCCAGAAGCUGGAGGCCGAGCAGGCCCUGCGGGCCAGUCAGGAGGCCAAGGAGAAGGCGGAGAAGGAAGCCCAGGCCCGGGAGGCCAAGCUCCAGGCCGAGUGCGCCCGGCAGACCCAGCUAGCGCUGGAGGAGAAGGCCGUGCUGCGGAAGGAGCGAGACAAUCUGGCCAAGGAGCUGGAGGAGAAGAAGCGGGAGGUUGAGCAUCUCAAGAUGCAGCUGGCUGUCAGCAACUCAGCCCUGGACACCUGCAUCAAGGCCAAGUCGCAGCCGAUGCCUAUACCAAGACCUGUAAGCCCUGUCCCCAACCCGCCGCCCAUUGACCCAGCUGGCCUGGAGGAAUUCAAGAGGAGGAUCCUGGAGUCCCAGCGGCCCCCUGCAGGCAAUGUAGUCCUGUCCAGUGGCUGAGGAGGCUCCCGGCCUGCAGGACUGAGGGGCGGCCCUGACUCGUCAAUCUGCAGACCUGGUGCAACAAGACGUCCACAGCACAGAACACAACCAGGGCCACACUCAGGCGACCUCCUGCACACACACCACAGUGGGCACCCUUGGCCUGCGCCCCAUGCUUGUCACACCACCUAAUACUCUCACAGACCCACACCUAUACCACACAAUCCCUCACCAUCACAGAUGCUGUGAUGACAUCCCAGCGACACAGCAAUGCUGUCACACAGACACGAUGACAACGUGAUUCAUACUCUUCUGCCCAACCUUCGCCCAGUUUUACACCCCUCCAUGCACACGGGCCCAGGCAUCCACAGCACUCCUCACACCCUAUGCCCCGUCUGUGCACCCCUGCGCCUGUGCCGCCCUCCUCCUCCUAUUCCCUUAUCUCUCGAUGCUUCCUCACUCCCAGUGCUUCAGGCCUGGGGAAGUGAGAACAGGAAGACAUUUACCUUCAUCCCUGGGAGUUUCCAGGACCCCCUCUCGCAACAGGGAGCAUCUGAUCAAAGGGUGAAGGUAGCCCACUGGCCAGCCUCAUGGCCAGCAAGAGCACUGACCCUUCAUUCCCUCUCCCCCGAUAUGCAGCCCUUCCUGUGGUCCCUAUGUUAGUGGCACUAAAUAAAUAUUAUUGACCCCUUCAGAAACGUCAGAGUUGUGAUUUCUGCUUUGAAAAGGUACCUCUUGGCCUUCAGCGAGAAAAGACUAGAAAGACCAAAGUUGCAGAACCUAACACCCUUCCCGCAACAUCCUUAGGCCAGAAGAUCCUUCAAUACAGAACAAACUUUGGGGGACACCAGCUUCCCCCAAGGUCUAGGCAUUUCCAUGUGGCAAGAGACGGCAUUGCUGUCUAUUUCUUGUUUAAAACAGUAGAUAUUUACAAGGCAAUUUCUUAAAAAGCAGAUUACCCAUUUGUAGCUUUCAUUUUUCUAGAUUUGCAAAGAUUCCCCCAGGUCUUGACAACAAUUGCUGAGGUUACCAAAGCCUGUCAUGAAUUGCAGGAACUCCUCCUCGCCAAAAUUAUUCCAGGAACAAUAUCAUAAAAGUCUCAGGCCGUUUGUUUUGUUUUGUUGUUUGUGGUGAGAUGGGAUGUCAGAAAGGGCACCAGCAUCUAGUUUGGGAGUGCUUCAACUCCCCGAUCACUAACUUAGGUAGGCAUGAGAAGUACAUUAGAGCAGUGGUCUCCAACCUUUUUAGCACCAGGGACUGGUGCUCCUAAGAGAAUCUAAUGCCUGAUGA